GGGGAUGGGACAGCACCUCCGCCGGCUGCCUUCUCUGAGGGCGAUUGACACUCAAUCCCGGGAACAGGGGGAUUCACUGUCAGCUUCACUGCGAGAUGCGGUUGCAACGGAGACACGCUGUUUCUGACACACGACAAUUGUGAUCAGACAACUUGUUUUUUGUGUCUGAAGGGGAAUAAACCAUUGAUUCCGGGAAUUAAAAUCUGAGAUCGAAACUGCAAUGUUGUCGAUGGUGGGGAAAUUGGCGUUGAUAAUGAUGUGCUUGGCAUUGCCGGGACUGAAAGAAGCAGCCGGCAGAGUUGGAUGGAAUACUACAGAGAGAUACAAUGUCACAACCCCACUAGACUUCCUCAAUACUACCAGCUUUCAGGAGGAGAUCGCCACUGCUACGGAAAGAUCUUUUAAAACAUCGACAGUACCUUCUACUAUUGUAACACAAGCCACUACCAUUACACCUACCACCGACUGGAAAUGGGAGGAAGCACAAGACCAUGAAUGUAACUGCAGUAUUGUUGGAAGCAGCAAUGAUUCCCUGUGUAACACAUCAUCAGGCCAAUGCGAUUGCCUACCUGGGUACAUCGGCCUACAAUGCAGUGAUUGUGCAGGAGGCUUUUACCGCAGCACCAUUAACGGACAGUGCACUUUAUGUGGAUGUAAUGAGACAGGAGCAGUAAACUCCCAAUGUCACAGCACUGGAAAAUGCCAUUGCAAAGAAGGGGUGACUGGCCUGAAAUGUAGCCAGUGUCAAACCUUACAUUACAAGUUCAGCAAAGCUGGAUGCAGACCCUGUGAAUGUAGCAACCGCUCAACAACAUGUGACCAUAUAACUGGCAUCUGCUUAAACUGCACUGGAAAUAGCAAAGGACGUCAUUGUGAGAAGUGCAAAGAUAGUUACUACAGGAAGCCAGGAACCAAUGAUACAGUUGGGUGUGAACGCUGUCCUUGCUCAGUAGUGACAUCCAGUGGAAGCUGUCAUUUAGUAUCAGGUGAGGCAAUCUGUGACCAGUGCAAGCCUGGCUAUUUUGGCUCCAACUGUGAGGAGUGUGCUGACGGGUACUACAAUUCAGACAGCAUCUGUGUGAAGUGUGAAUGCAACAACAACAUAGAUUUACAGAGCAAACAACCAAUCUGUGACUCUGAGUCCGGGCGGUGCCUCAGCUGCACAUUAAAUACAACAGGCUUUAACUGCGAGAAAUGUGCGGAAGGAUACACAGGAGAUCCUGUGGCAGGAAGCUGCCAAAUAGAAAUAACCACGAUGCCGACAACAGCCUCCACCCCAACAAUCACGACUGCAAGUACCAGCACAACAAUCUCCCCGUCAACUUCAGUCACAAACAAUACAUUCAGUGCAAAGAUUCAGACGUUCCUGUCACCUUUAUUGAGCACACCUCAGAGCACAGUGAGCACGGCUGAACCAGUGACACCUGAAAUAUCAUGGACUCAGUUUAACAUCGCGGUACUGGUGGUUAUUAUUGCUGUGGUCGUCCUGCUGAUGGGUUUUGUGGCUGGUGUCUACAUUUACCGAGAGUACCGAAACCGGAAGCUAAAUGCUCCUUUCUGGACCAUAGAACUGAAGGAGGACAACAUAAGCUUCAGCAGUUACCAUGACAGCAUCCCCAAUGCUGAUGUUUCAGGAUUGCUUGAGGAUGAUGUAACUGAAGUGGUCCCAAACGGACAGCUGUCUCUUUCAACGCCAAUGAACUCAUACAAGAUAUAAAAUCUAAAUUAACUGAAAACAUAGGAUCGGAGAAAGGACAAUUAAAUGGGCUGAGCAGCCAAAUUGCUCUAUAAAACAAUCAAAUUACAAAUGCAACUAGUUAUGGUGUAAAGCUGUCUGCUUCCUUGAACUGAACUGGUAUUUGAGACAAGUCAAGAGCCUAUGAAACAGAUAGAAAUUACAUCUUGUUUAUUCCAUUCACCAGUGUAAAACACCCCAAAGAAGUUUCUAUUUUUGUACAAAUCUAACAUGCAAUGAAGUUUAGGAUUAAGUUCUCUUUCGAUAUGGAGAAGGUGGAUGAUUAUUUAAUAGACUUGUCCUACACAAAAGGAACAUAGCAGUAUUGUGCAUCACAGUGUGACAGAAAGACUUCUGCUGCUGAGAGAUUGGGGUAUUAGUUUUAUACAAGAUGACUGAAUUAUUCAUCAAGGACUAGAUGAAAAACUCUUGGACUCUAGCUUUUAAGCUGCAGACAUUUACAAAUGGUUGCCAAGGGACAAAGGCAAUAAUCAAGUGAGGGCCAACAUGUUUCCAAUGGAGAUUGCAUUGGUACAGCUGUCAAUGUCACAUGUGUAGUCUGGUCACUUAUCUCUCAAGGUAGCGCUGUCUGUCAGCAUUAUGUUCUCGUGACCAUUCCUGAACUUACUGCAAAAAGCUGAAUGAACAGUGACUUCGUAACGUCUGGUCACAUCUGCCAUAUGCAAGCUCAUAUCUAAUGGUAUCAAAAUGGCUGCUUAUUGUAAAUUCUUAUGGUACAGUCAUGAACCAACUGAUAAACUACAGCCUUAAAGGGCCCUCUACUUGAGAAUUAUAAGCACAUAUAGGACCAGAGAAUGGUUUAGUGCAAUUGCAAAUUUCUGCAAAGUACAUUAAGAACACAAGCUAAUCUCACUAAUGAUUUCUUUAAUUUGAUAUAAGAAGAGGACCAUUAACAACCUGCAGCACUCUAUCCAAUUCCAUGUAACUAGAUUUGCUAACAGUCUUAAUUCAAAAAGUAAAGUUCUGGUUGGGGUGCAGAGAAAGUCAUGAGCCAGUGAAUCUGGAUCAGUUUGCCAGUCUAGCACCAAAAAAACUGCAGCAAGAAGAAAUGAUAGACUCUCUUACCUGAAGUUAUACUAAUUUGAGUUUGUGGUUCUUCAGAAUGAAUGGUGAAAAGCAAUAACAAGCUGAGGGACCACUUGUUAACUGAGAGGCUGCCAUUUUAUAGGAAUUUGAUUUUCUUCCUGUAUAGAUUCAGCAUUAUCCACUUUGUCACUACAGCAGACCCAGAAAAUGCCUCAGUCAAUGGAGCUUUCCCAUUCCAACGUCAUGCAUUUUAACUGCAUGUAGUUACUGCAUCUCAUUCAUGGAUCCUUUGGAAAUGGGAGGCCUGAGAUUUGACAACACAAACUCUGACCUAGACUUAAGUGUCAUUAUUAGUCAGAGGUUCAGUAUCAAUGAAGGACAAGAGGUUAAAAUUGAAGUACUCUUUGAUCUUUUCCUGUGAUGUAGAUGUUUUAAGCUAAUACUUUCCGUGGUUUUCUUUGAUAUCAGUCAAGUCAUUUCUUUGUUUAAUUUUAAAAAUGAAUUUACCUCAACACAACCUUUUGUCUGGUACUUAAACUCAUAUAGUUCUUCAAUUAAACACACUUACAUAUUUGAUGGCUCCAUCAGCGAAACCAUUUACUUCUAUCACACAGGACAUCUCCUGCCUUUACUCUUAUUAUAUUGUCAAAGUCCUUUCGUGCUUGUCACAUUAAGGCUAAAAUUCUGCUUGGAAACUUCAGGACAAGAAAUUCUAGAAAAGCUGUACAUACAUCACCUCCUGCCUUCACUUGCUCCGAUUACAUUGACUCAAUCUUGUCCAGAUAUCCAGAUUCUUCUGUGGCCUUGCUGUAUGUUGUUUCUACUGUCAUUUUCACUGCCAUAGAAUGAUACAGCAAAGUAGCUUAGCAUUUAGCUCACUGUACUUGUGAAGAGAGCUACCAUUUGUCUCUCUUCUCAAUCCUAGCCCAGCCUAAUUACCCUUCUGCCAUUAUUUCUUCUUAUUCUAUUCAAGCCCGUCCUGAUUUGGAAUUCUUACCAAAUCUCCUCUUGAACUUUUUUGUUCAGUGGAAAACAACCCAUUUCUCUAGUUUCUCCAGUUAAGUGAGGUCUUUCAUCCUGAUAUCAUUGUAGUGAAUCACCUCUAGA